AGUGGUCGAAUGUGAUUUCUACGUUUAGAUGUCUAUGAUUGUCAGGCCCACAUGUUUACUUCCUUUAGCGUCUCCGUUUCCUCCAGAACUUUCUACAGCUUCAGAAGGAAAGUACUGAGAGCGGACCCAUGGCAACCAGCGGGCGUUUCUCUGACAGUUUCAUAGACGAGGAUCCAGAGAGAGCCCUUGAGGAGCUAAAUGAGGCAUUGGGAGAGAAAGCUGAAAUUGCUGAAUGGCUCUGUCAGCGGGCUUAUGCCUAUAUACUAUUGAAAGAGUACACUAAAGCAAUUGAUGAUGCCAAGAAAGCCCAGCAGCUGCAGCCAGGUCUUGCACUUGCCUUCUUAAGAACCGGAAUUGCAGAGUAUCAUCUACAUAACUUCAUUACUGCUCUUCAGGCCCUCACAGCUGGAAAAGAGCUUGAUUGCUCUAUUGAAGGAUUUCAAACAUGGAUCCAGCACUGUGAGAACAAAUUGGCGACACACGUUCCAAACAAAACUUCAGAUUUGCAGCAAUCUUCAACCCUUUCUGUCAAACAUGACUGGUACCAGACAGAGUCUCAUGUUGCAGUGAUCAUCAUGGUAAAAGACGCCAAGAAGGAGGAUGUUACUGUCAACUUUGGUGAAAGAGAGCUGACAGCUGUGGUAAAGCUUCCAUCAGGAGAAAAUUACUCCCUAAAUGUCUAUCUUCUGCAUCCUAUUGUCACACAGCAGAGCACAUACAGGAUCCUUUCAACCAAGAUAGAGAUUAAGAUGAAGAAGACUGCAGCCACACAGUGGGAGAAACUGCAAGGAGAAGGCACAGUUUCUAACAUGAAGCACUUUACUCCCAACCAGUACCCAUCAUCCUCCCACUACACACGCAACUGGGACAAGUUGGUAGGUGAAAUAAAAGAGGAGGAAAAGAGCGAGAAGGUGGAGGGGGAUGCUGCUCUCAACAAGCUGUUCCAGCAGAUCUACUCAGACGGCUCGGAUGAGGUCAAGCGGGCAAUGAACAAGUCCUUUAUGGAAUCAGGAGGCACAGUCCUCAGCACCAAUUGGAUAGAUGUUGGUAAACGGAAAGUAGAGAUGAACCCACCUGAGGAUGUAGAGUGGAAGAAGUAUUAAAAGCAGUGGAUGACAUCUUGCACACUACCAUCACCAGUUGUCCUAAUGUCCUUAUGCUUUUUUUUUUACAUUUGAUUCUUUUUGCCUUCACACUUCAUGCGUUCUCCUUUGUUAGACCCAGAAGAGUCCUGGAUCCUUGGCUGUUUCCCAAAAGUAUCGUAAGCCUAAGAAGAUCAUUGAAUCAUUGCCACCAAUGGUCUCAUGAUCAACUUAGCUCACGAUGCGCUUGAGAAACGCAGCCCUGGACUAAAACAUAGUUUAAAAUGAGAUUAACUUCUUUAAAAUAAAACUUGGAGGUCUAAAAUUAGCUUUAGUCUGGAACCAAACUAUCCCAUUACUUUUUUUUUUUUUUAUAGCAUCAGACAAUUUUUUAAAAUCACACAUUUAAAGAAACUGUUGAGUAGCUUUUAAUAAAAAGCUCUUUAGCCACUCUGAAUAUCUUAGGUUAUGUUAGCUCUCCAUCUGUGAAACGUGUGCCUCAAUUAAUGUUGAUCUCUGUUUUAAUGUAUUUCAUGGUUUCCUAAAUAUGAUUUCAACAUGCUGUAAAUAAAAUGUUCUUGUUCUCUGA